UAAAGCAAAAGCUAAGCUGGAACAUGGUUGUCGUCAUGACUGUGGGAUAACUUGGUGUCGCCAAAGCAUUGUUUUCGUGGAUUCAAUUUGCUUGAAUUACAUGUUGAGAAUACGAUCGUAGAUUAAGUGAAACCAGGGUAUAAUAUUCUCAAGGUAUACAUCCGACAAGGUAUCCAACGACGGUGAAUGCGGAUGUCAACUCGAGCUUCAAAAUACACUCCGGACCAGGACCUAACUAACUAAAAAAAAACACUGAUGGAAAGCAAAUGGAAUUGACUGUGAAGAAUUUUUCAUCGGAAAUGAUCAGUCCAAAUAAUUGUCGUGGUUCGUCAUUCGAGAAGAGAGGAUGUUAUCAAAAUAUCUUGAUAGCAUCAGCCCUCCAUAUAUGUAUAAUCGAGAGCACAAUGAUUCUUUGCUUGAGCAUAACCUUUGUACGUCUUGAGGAUAUUGGAAAGUGGCUUGAAGAUACGUCUUUUAAACACUGGCCAGCAAUAACGUCGCGAUCGACAACAGAAUGUUCAGUUUUAAGUUCCAAACAUGAUGCCAUGGCAGGCUUCAACCAUCGGAGAGGGAAGCCUGCAUGUAUGUUCCUGUCAUGGUCACCAUGCAAGAGAUGGAAUCUCAAUGAAGCCCUCAACAGCAGAGGAACAAUGGUCAAAGAGGUAUAUCAAAGAAAUCGUGGGAAUGCAUUGCCGACAAUGAGUUACAAAGUUCACAAGAUGCGGCCCGGCUUCAUUCGUCGCACUAGGGAUUCAUCAUGGUUUGGAGUCUUUUUUGACAAGUACACUAACCGAUAUAUCGUAAUGGAAAUAAUGGCUAAACGAUUGUCGCGUUUCCACCUCCUUUAUCUAAAUCGGGGGCGUUAUGUCAGAAAACAGUUAUUCAAAUCUGCUGGAAGCUCAAUCAACAAGCUUAUGUUCAUCACCAAAUUAUAUAUCAUGAAGGCUUAUUUCGUAUUUUUUAGUAAAACCAGACCAAUACAAUGUCCGAGAAUAUUUAGCCGUAAUGGCAUUCUUUUGGGUUUCUACACGAUGGAACUGCCCACUCAGCGUCAGAACAUUGAGCUCGUUUGGGUUUCGCAUAUAGAACACAAUGAGUUGACUGGGCAAGCAUUCGUUAUAUACGUUUACCGAACAGUUGAAAAUAAACAAACGAGUUACUACGCAUUUGGUGUUUUCCAGAUCGCUGUAAAAAACGGUUUGGGAGACGAAUUUAACUACACUCUGACAGCGGGGAAGGAGCUGGACGUGCAUAUUAUGCCAAGACUUCUUCACCGUUUCCCGUGGAAACUGUUAUUUUCCGUCUUCGUAACUGCAAGUGAGGAUGUACUUGUUACCAUGAGGAACUGCGUACAUCUCUUUACUAAAAGGAGCUUCUACCAGCAGAAAGUCCCAAUAAUAGCCGACACAAAAAGGCGCGCUUGGAAUUUUAAACGGGGAUAUUAUCGCAUAAGGUGGGACAGCGCCAACCAAAUAAUGAUGUUAGCAAAUGAAGUGAACAAAGCCAGGAGAGAUUUGAUUGUGACCUAUAUCCCUAUUCAGAAAAACUUUCCACACUAUUGGUAUUAUAGAAAGAGUUACCAAUCGACGAUAAUUUCAAAUGUAUAUUCUAUUGCCGAUGGCCGGAACGGAUCUUUUGUAGCUUAUUUUUCAUAUGGCAGGAUGUAUCUGAAGUUCUAUCACCUGAUAUAGGCAGGGUUGUUUUAAGGAGAAUAGUGUGACAAUAUUUUGAAUUGCAUAUCGAAUUUAGUAUCAUUAUUUUGAGUUUCCCUCUGGUUGUCAGUAAACCCAGACACCCAUGCCGACUUAUCGGCGGUGAAUAUCAGUCCUUAAGACGACGGUGGAUCGGUAUGAGACACCCAGGAUCAUUAACCAUUAUGAAUUUUAACACCUUACACCUUAAAUUGGUCGGUUGCAUUGACUAGUUAGAGGCUUUUUCCGACUUAUCAACGGUUUCUCUAACUUUUCCUGAUUCUCCGACAUUGUCCGACUUUGUCAAAAAGGUCGGAUUUCCAUAAAACCUGUGAAAAAAAUAGGUCUUCCCAAGAAGGCCAUUAAAGAUCAAAGGCCUCAAUUGAAUUGGGUUAAUGAGGUGUGAUGCAAACACUCAGAGAAACCUUAAGUGUGAAUACUAAUUAGCUCCUCUCCUUGGACCAUUUGCAUGUCACACAUGAGUACAUCUGGGUUUGGCCAGGAUUCCCCAUCCCCCAGGACGGUUAUAUAAGGGUUAAGGUUAGGGUUAGCAUAAUAGAUCAUUAUGAUAUGUAAUAAGGAUCCGUGUAUAUCAAGUGCUGGCAGCUGCCCCGGUGGCUACGCUGGUAGAGCGGUUUGCCUAGGUUACUGGAUUGCAUCCCACUCACAGCUGGGCCGUUUUCAAGCAUUGUCAAAUCUAUAAUUCUGGAAUAAUUACAUAAUAAUAACAAGUCCAUUAAGAUACGAAGUACAGUGUCGAUAUUUUUUUGGAACACAAUAAACCAUGCGAAUAAACGGAAGGCUUUCGAGGCCCCGACAUUUUGAAAUGUCGCAUGGAAAUACCGAUGUUCGUCAGCUUCACUUCAGAUCAUCUGUUUUAAUAGUAUGACUAUAGAAAGAUUAGGUAGGGAUGAUGGAAACCCAAUCCUCCUGCGAACUGAGAUUUUUUUGUAUCAUAAGCGCGCAGCAGAAGGCUUUUCUGCGAAGCGCUACUAUGGUUAACGUGCAUACGUAUCCAAUGUAAAC